ACCGAUGCCAAACAGUCGUAGUCUAAACGUUUUGCUGUCUGGUGCGUUUCAAGUGAGAGAUUUACAAAACAAAAUCAAUAAAAAACACACAAAAUGCUGAGGCCAGGGCUAUUUCACAUAGGCCUGUUGUUGGUGCUGUUGGGCCAAGCGCUGUCCGUUGACUACUCCAAUCCCAAGUCGCAGGUGGAAUAUAUAAGUGCGCAGCCAGGAGACAAGCCCAACAUUGUGCCAAUAACGCGGCCUCCUUUGCUCAACCAAACACCGCCACCGCCGGAGGGCAACUCCAAGAAUUUUGCAUACAAUCCCAAAAGUCAAACCUGGACAAAGAUUGACGCGCACGAUCCACAGCCGGAUGAAGAUACAUUGGUCUGGAAUCAAAGCAAUGAUAAAUGGCUAACCAGGGUGCCGGGAUCUUAACCAAGAACACGCAACAAUAUUCGCAAAUACGCACGCAAGUUUCGAUUAAUUCAACACGACACGCACGAAAAUUUAUAUCUCAAGCAAAGUGUUAAUCAAAUUAUUUACUUUUAUUUUCAAUAUAUAUUUAAAAUUGAAAACUUCUGAAAACGUGUAGAAAAUGCAGAUUUAUAAAUACUCUUUUUAACGCACAAUGCAAACAAACCGAUAAAAAUAUCAAUUUAUCGAUAAAUAUCGAUUUCAGUCUUUGAAAAACAUAUCUUAGCCAAUGCUUUUAUAUAUAACAAUGUUCGCUUUCUGAUUUUUAUAAAAUAUACGUUGUUUAAUG